AAAAAUUACAUAAAUCCGUAUUUCAUCAAUAUGCUUAGAAAUUAAUAAAACAUGUCCAUAGGUUUAUAUAUAUACGCAUUUCCUAUAUUAUACUAGAAUGGCGGACAUGUGACUAUUUCACUUCACACAAGACACGUUAUCCUGUAAUUUCGACAAUUAAUUCACGAGUAAGUGUUCGAAAUAAAAUUAAAUAUCGUACAACAUUCCCUUCUGAUGCGAUAAGAUGACUCGCGGAUUUGUACAUUCUGUUAAAGUCCCACGACUUUACAAAGCAGCGGCUAAAAUUCUCCAAGAAGUCGAGGAGACGCAUGCCAGUCUUAAAUCAUUGACUUAUUCACAGAGACAUCCUAAUGUAUCGGCAAUAUAUUCGUUGUGUUUGAAUGCAUUGCAAAAGAAAGAACAAUUAAAUCAACUUUUAAAUAACACUCAUCUGUUGAUGAACGAGCCGCGUUUGGAUCCAUGGUUAGCAAGAAUUCUUAUAACAGAAUUACUUUGGGGUAAAAAAGUUCUGAAAGCAGAAUGCAGGCCUGCUCAGACUAUACGUUCCUAUGAGAACCUGUUGAAGGACGAAUUGAGCGCUAUUAGCAAUGCUCAAGUGCCUGAAACAUCAAUUAAAAAAGUACGAAAAGCAAGAUACGUUCGCAUCAACACUUUGCUAUUACCAUUAAAGAAGGGAAUAUCAUAUUUCGAAGAGGAAGGAUGGUCUCUCCUACCAACAUGUUCAAAUUAUACAGAACAUCUAGAAGCCGUAAAAAAUUUACAAAAACCACAUUUCAUUCAGGAUUUUCAUGUUCCAGAAUUACUCGUCUUUCCAGUAGACACAACUUUCCAUGAUAAUUCUAGAUAUCUAAAUGGCGAACUUAUUUUGCAAGAUAAGGCUAGUUGCCUUCCAGCAAAGUUGUUGAAUCCGAAACCUGGAUCAGUGGUUCUUGAUAUGUGCGCAGCUCCUGGAAUGAAAUCCACUCAUUUGGCUGCAUUAAUGAAUAAUUUAGGGAAAAUUUAUGCGGUUGAGUUAAAUGAACACAGAUAUGCUUCCUUAUGCGAGCAAGUAAAACUGACUGGUGCUUCUUGUAUCAAGGCUAUUUUAAAAGAUGCAUUAACUCUCAAUGCAAACGAAUAUUCAGACGUGGAAUACAUUUUGGUUGAUCCAUCAUGUUCUGGAUCGGGUAUGUUGGAUAGACAGGCAGUGUAUGGAAACGAAAAGUUUAAUGAACAGCGUCUUAAGCGAUUGCAAGCGUUUCAAGUAUUUCUAUUGCGACACGCACUUUUGAAUUUUCCCAACGUGAAAAGGGUCGUUUAUAGUACUUGCUCCAUCAGUCAAGAAGAAAACGAAGAAGUGAUAGAUGAAAUUUUAAUUGACGUGCAGGAUGCGUAUGCGCUUGUAAACAUCAAGGAUUUGUUCAAAGAAAAUUGGUUGCAUUAUAGCUCAGAGAAAUUUGCAUGUUCAAACAAGUGUCUUUAUUCAAACUUGGAAGUAGAUCUCUGUAAUGGCUUUUUCGUCGCAGUAUUUGAGCGAAACGUCGGCGUUCCUUUACCACCAUACAGAUCAAAAUUUAGCACGAAUAACGAGCAAUUAACAGAAAACGGUGAAUCUAACGUUAAAGAGCCAACUGCAACCAGGAAACGAAAGAAACGUGGAAAAAGGAGGAGCAUGAAUUUCGUGGAGACUCCCAUAGAAGAUAAUUUUAUACCACUUGAGAGUGGUAUUUCGAGCCCUAUCAAUGUUUCAUCCGAUUCAAUUGUCAUCGUGGACGAAAUAUCUGUGAAUGAAGUGGAAGAAAUUGAGCCCGACUUUGUAGUGGAAGAGAAGAAAAUCGAGCCCGAGCCUGUAAUAAAAAAGAAGAAAAUUCAGCCCGAGUCUGCAGUAAAAAAGAAGAAAAUUGAGUCCGAGCCUAUAGUAAAAAAGAAGAAAAUUGAGUCCGAGCCUAUAGUAAAAAAGAAGAAAGUUCAGCCCAAGUCU